GUGGUCCUGGUCCUGCUGGUCCUGGUCCUGCUGGUCCUGGUCUCUGUGGUCCUGGUCUCUGUGGUCCUGGUCCUGCUGGUCCUGGUCUCUGUGGUCCUGGUCUCUGUGGUCCUGGUCCUGCUGGUCCUGGUCUCUGUGGUCCUGGUGUUGGGGCUCAGUGAGGACAUGGAGCGUCGUCAGAGUCUGGAGGAUCAGCUCAGGUGUCCCGUCUGUCUGGACGUCUUCACCGAACCACUCAUGUUACAGUGUGGACACUCCUACUGCAGGUGUUGUGUGCGAUCCAUGACGAUGGACUUGCUGGGACAGUUGCAGUGUCCCGUGUGUCGCUGUGCUGUGGACGGAGACAGUCCUCCCCCCAACGUCAGCCUGGCUCGAAUCAUUGAGGCUCUGCAGGAAGUGAGUGUUUCAGGUGGCGCUCAGCCGGAGUCGUGUCCUCAGCAUCACAACCCGCUGAGCCUUUAUUGCGAGGACGAACGGAUGGUGAUCUGCGGCCUCUGUGGAAGCAUCGGCGCGCACCGUGGACACAAAAUCACACCUGUGAGCUCCGUCUACAGCCGCAUGAAGGAGGACAUUUCCUGUCUCAUCACAGAGUUCCAGCAUCAGAAACGUAAAGUGGAGGAUCAGAUCUGUAAAAUGGCGUACAACAAGUCCAGGAUCACUAACGAGUCCGACGUGUUGAAGUGGGUGGUGAGGAAGGAGUUUGGCGAGCUGCGGCGCUGCCUGGAGGUGGAGGAGGCGGGGUUUAUGCAGCAGGUGGAGACGUCGGCCGCUGUCCUCAUCUCGUCCCUGCAGACCCAGACGGACCAGUUAAACCUGAACCUGAACCGGCUGCAGGAGGCCCAGACCACCCUGCAGGACCUGAGCAACGAGGGACACCUGGACUUCAUCAUGAAGUACGGAUCGAUCGCGCCGAGGUUCAGACAGAUUCAGGAGCUCCAGCAGAAGGAGGAGAGAAUCUUCAGCUCUCUGAACUUUAAAACUGGAUUUAACCACAACGACAUUAAACUCACCGUGUGGAAGAGACUGCAGAGGAAGAUCCUGCCAGCCCUGGAGCCUCUGAAGCUGGACCCUCAGACGGCUCACCCGAUGUUGGAGCUCCAUCACGGGGACACGGUGGUGGGCUGUGGCGCUCUGCUGCGGAGGCUUCCUGAUAAUCCAGAGAGGUUCAGUUACAGUUACUGCGUCCUCGCCAACCGCGGCUUCUCCUCUGGGAAACACUACUGGGAGGUGGAGGUCGGGAACAAACCGAAGUGGCGUCUGGGUUUGAUCAAAGGAACGACGAAUCGUAAGGCCAAGCUGGGGAAGAGUCCAGAGAACGGGGUGUGGCUGAUUGGACUGAAGGAUGGGGUUUAUGAGGCCUUCGCUACGCCCAGGGUGGUGCUGCCGUUGUCAUCUCCACCCUGCAGAGUGGGCGUGUUCCUGGACUACGAGGGCAGAGCUCUGACCUUCUAUAACAGCGACAGUCUGGACGAGCUGGGCUUCAUCUACAGCUUCAGGCUGGAGGUCCAGGGGAAAGUCUACCCGCUGCUGGACGUCUGUUGGCACGACCGCGGACACAACAAACACCUGCUGGUUCUCCUCCAGCCUCACAGGGAGCUCCUCCUCCCCCUCCCCCCGCCACAGAAACACGACAAGUGUGACGCCUCAGAAACACCACAGGCCUGAACCCAAAAUAAAGACCAGAGACAGAGUCCAGUUCACUGAGGUCAAACUGAAGUCUCAGUCAGAGCCGCAGGUUCAGUGAUCAGGUGUGUUUCAGGAUCAGGCUGAAAACUAAACAACAUCAAUGGUCCCUGAAAUUUCUGUUAAGAGAAAAAAAAAAAUAAAAGUGAACUCUAAACGUUCUCGACCAUCCAGACCUGCUCUGUUCCAGCUGUGCUGAAUGAUCAUUGGUCAGCAGGUAACGCCCCCUAAACACUGUGGGUGUGUUCAGAAACACUGGACUGUAAAUUCAGAGCACUGUUGGAAUGCACCAAUUCGUUAUUCAGAGCACCACAUUCUCAGAGCACCAAGUGGAGUGAACGUGUUAUGAACUUCACUGUUAAUUCAUGUAGAAUAAAACGCUCCAUUUCUUCACACAACAGGCCUCUCAUGCUAGUGUAGAGCGUCAGACUGGAUUGACAAACGUCUCCUAAAUAAGGGCAGGUGUGGUGCUGUGUGCAAAUACAGAUAUACACAUUUCCAAGGAUUAGAGAAAUGAAACCAAAAAGUCUGGAAGAAGAAGAAGUUCAGCGGUGGUGAGAUCAGUACUGCUGUUACAGGUGAAUAAACAGACACGAUAAAACAUCUGUGAAGCUGUAAAUGUGUCAGCAGCAGCAGCAGAGGAGGAAGUACUGACACCACACUGUAAUAAUACUCUGUCACUGGUAACAGUCCUGCACUGAAAAUGUUAUUUUGGCAAAACAAUGUAAGUACCAUCAGUAAGAAGUUUUUAAGUAUUAGAAGUAAAAGUACUCCAUGCAGAAAACUCUGAAUCAAUUGAAUAAAUUCAAGGAAUUAAAAGGAAAACAAACCGUCGUCAUCUUUGACAAGAUGUAACCAUGAAAUAUUUUUGUAUGAAAAAUGACUUUAACGAUUAUCAGAGUAGUUGCUAAUUAAUUUUUUUAAAUUAAUCGACUAAUCGUUUCAGCUGCAGUUUAUUUUCAUAAUGUCUGUGUACAAAAGCAAAAUAACUGUAGUGGAGUAAAGGGGGAAAUAUCUCCUGCUGAGGUUUAGUGGGGAGAAGUAAGACGUUGCAUUAGAUUCAAAUACUCAUGUAAAGUAAAAGUACCUCAUAUUUGUACUUCAGGACAGCACUUGAGUAAAAGUACUUAGUUACAUUCCAGCAGUGGUCAGCAGAGGGAUGCACAGUAACUGAAACUACAGUAACUGAGAUCAAGGGACAAAUAAAGUCGUAUCACUGACUCCUCUCACGUUAUUUGAAGACGUUAUUUUUUUUGUUCCUCGUCCGGUGACACAGCUCCAGAGACGAGUGCAGAGUCCACUCAAAUAUGUUGAGACGGUUAAAAGACAAUGAAGAGUUGACUCAGUCAUUUACAAAUGAUGAUGAUAAUGAUGAUGAUUAGUGAGAGAUUCAACAGUUUC